GCGGACUGGUACAUGGAGUAUGCUUUUCGACAAUUCUAAGGUGCUUCAGGCAGAUGCCCUGCGUGCAAUAAUUGUUAAAAACGCAUUGUAAUAUUUAUCCUUCACCCAAGUCGUGGUGAUCAAAGGGCUGGAAAUCUAUUGGUUAAUGUGUCUGGAGAACCUAAAUUGCAUUGCCAUCCAGAUUACAUGUGACGAUCUUAUCGAAGUUCUUCCUUUGGAGAUUCUGCUUGCACACUGCUGGUGGUUGGUGAGUGAGGGGGGAGGGUGCCGAGUUGGCCUGAUGCAGGCGUUGGGCGUCGCUUGAACCCACGUGAUGACGAACACACAGCACAGCGAGAACCAGGAGAAAGUUCAGGAAAAAAGACUUUCCCAGGAACUUGCGCUGAAGGUUUAGUGAGGAGAGACAUCAGCAGUUGUCCGGGGCAGUUCUCACAGCUUCAUGAAAAUAAACAACCCUGCAGGAAGCAUUUCAACUCGUAUACAUAGGAAAAAAUCCAACCGGAAUCACCUCUUUGCCUAUAAAGUGUUGAGCAUCCUGGCAGUGCCUUUUAUAUCUGCAGGACCUGAGCACAGAAUGAAAGGCUGUGCACCUGCAAGAGCAUAAGAGACAUCGCCGAUAGAAAAUCUACGUGAGAAAACCCUUGAAAAUAUAGGGAGCUGAUCACGAAUCAGCAUGGUGCAGGUGCCAACUCUUGUCAUUUUGCUUUGUUGCAUUAAGCAUGCGAUAAUGCUCAAGCCUGAAUGGCAGAAAACACACGUACCUGCUGUUUAUCCCAAGGCAACUGUUACACUGGAGAAUGCACAUUUUGACGGUAAAGCCAACCUGAAAGUAACCUCGCUGUGUGGAUUAGACUGUCACAAAAGAGCACCCCUGCCAACCUAUGAAAACCUGAGAGAAUAUUUGUCUUACGAAACUUUGUACCUAAAUGGAAACAGAACUUUCACAGAUGUGGAUAUCCGUGGUUUCAUUGCUGCUGGUUUAGGAAAUGAACAAAAUCACAGAAAUGGUGUAAGAACGAAAAGACAGAUCUUUGGCUUGGAUGCCAGAUUCAGCAUCUCAGCGAAAAACUUCCUGUUCAAUUAUCCUUUUUCAACUUCAGUGAAAAUCUCCACAGGUUGCACUGGGACCUUAGUAUCUGAGAAACAUGUUCUAACUGCUGCCCAUUGUAUUCAUGAUGGCAAGAACUACGUGAAGGGUGCACAAAGGAUGAAAGUUGGAUUUUUUAAACCAAAACAGAGAGAGAAGGGAAGAACCAUAAAUCACAUCAACUCACUUCUUCCAGAAAAACCUCGAUUCCAUUGGAUAAGAGUGAAGCGGACAUACAUUCCAAAGGGAUGGAUCAAAGGUUUGGCAAAUGAUAUUGGCAUGGAUUAUGACUAUGCAAUUCUGGAAUUGAAAAGACCUCACAAGAAACCCUUCAUGAAAAUAGGAGUCACUCCUCCUCGAGGGAAGUUGCCUGGUGGCCGGAUUCACUUUUCUGGGUUUGAUAAUGACCGUCCUGGAGAUCUCGUUUAUCGUUUCUGUUUGGUCAAAGAUGAAACCUAUGACCUCCUAUAUCAGCACUGUGAUGCUCAGCCAGGGGCCAGUGGUUCAGGUGUUUACAUCAGAAUGUGGAACAGGCAAAUUCGGAAAUGGGAGCGAAAAGUGAUUGGAAUAUUUUCAGGUCACCAAUGGGUGGAUAAGAAUGGUGUGCAACAAGAUUACAAUGUAGCUGUUCGGAUCACUCCUCUGAAAUACGCACAGAUUUGUUUCUGGAUUAAAGGAAAUUAUGUUGACUGUAGGGAUGGAUGAGAUCCUAAUUCUUGCUCUGCUUUUUAAACCAUGUGCUUUGCAAACUAGUAUACACUUGUACCACAAAUAUUCAAUUCCAGAGCCUAAUUCACUGUGGGCACGGUUCUUCUGAGAAAACCUAAAAGAACCAAUUAUUAAAUUGGUGAUCAAUAAGAAUAAGAGAAAAAGAUGCAUGAACAGCAGGGAAUAGAGAGAUGUAGACCAUGUACAGGCAGAUGGGAUUUGUUUAGAUUGGCAACAUGGUUGGUGCAGACAUGUAGGCUGUACUGUUCUAUGUUCUAUAAUGUACUUGGCCUUCUCCUGAGUAGGGGAAUCAGAGUUCAACCUGGGUACUGGAAGGAGGCUGCUCCCUAACCGAUGCUGCAACCAUGUGUCAGAGACGAGCAGCUGCAUUGUAAAUGCAUUCUUUUUGGUUGCAGAGUGAUCAUAAUCUGAAGUUAUGUCUUGCAUUAUGAAAGCAUGUCUGUAAUCUGUCAGAUUAUCUGUUUUAUAUGAGAAGCAUGUCAGUUUAAAGUUACUUGAAACUAGUCUCAAUGCUACACAAGCAAGCAUUGAAAGAAAAUCAAAAAAACUGGAAAUCUGAAAUAAAAACAGAAAAUGCUGGGAACACUCAGUGGGUCAGACAUUAUCUGUGGAAAGGGGAACAGUUAACAUUUCAGGUCCAGGAUCUUUCAUCAGAAAUGAAUGUUUCCAGCAAUUUAAUUUUUUUUAUUUCAGGCAAACAUUGACUUGAUUAAAACUGCUGAUAAUUGACCAACAUGUCUCUAAGCUAAAAAGAACAGUGGAAAGGGUACCACUGAUUAUCAGUUAUUCAAUUUGUGAUUUAAUGAGUGGAGAGCAAUUGUACCUUGAGCAUCACAACCCCUUUUGGAAACCUUUGCUGUUAGCUAUAGUACUAUUAACGAUAAUAAACAUACACGUGAUCAUUCACUUCUUUUAAUUUGGACUUUGAGGCAUAAAGUGAAUGGCUAUUCAAAAUAAAUUUGCAGUUAGUGAUGACAAAAUAACAUGAAGUGAUUUGCCAUGAAAUGGAGGCAUGAGAGAUUAAUUGCAUUUGAAUCAGGCCUUAACAUAUAUUAAAAAUUGAAUAUACAAGUCAAUGUCAAAUUAAAACACUAGUUUCAAUCCUUGCUAUACCUUUUGCAUAGCACUUACUGACCAUUGGAAAAAUGUCUGAAGCUUUAGUUUAUUCAACAGAAGAUUAAGAAAUUUAUAACCUUAUUUUUUCAGUCCCGGGGGAUGAACUCUGUUGGUGGGGAGAUACCUGUUUUUGUUAAAGCUGGUGUGUAUGUAAAUUUACCAGAGUUAAUUUCUUUGUUUUUUUUGACAAAGACAUCUACGGUAAGCAUUUAUACCUUUAUACAACUACCAAAUGUAUUACUGCUUGAGAAUUGUUUGUAGUAUCUGGCUAAUGAGCCAUGGGCUCUGAAUGUAGACAGUUUCUAAUGCAAUGUAUGUCAAUAUUUUAAUCAAUAAAAAGUGAAUAGUCCAA